AUGGCAACAACCACGUCCCCGCGGCUUGUCCGCCUCAUUACCCUCGGGCACCUGACUCGCCCGACCGUCCUGUCUACCCGGGUAUUUGCCUCACGGUACAGCACGAGCGCCGAAGACGAUGUCAUCAAAACCCAACAGGUCCCGGCGCCGGGUUCGGGGCAUGUGCGCGUGCUGCAGCUCAACCGGCCCAAAGCCCGCAAUGCGAUCUCGCGUCACCUGCUUGACACCCUCUCGAAGCAGGUCAGCUCUAUCGCCGCGGAAGGCGGCAACGGGCCCACCCGGGCGCUGGUGGUGGCAAGCAAUGUUGAUGCCGCAUUCUGCGCCGGCGCAGAUCUGAAGGAGCGUGCUAAAAUGACCCCUGCGGAGACCGAACAAUUCCUCGAGAAGCUGCGCGCCACCUUCAAGGAGCUCGCCGGCCUCCAAAUUCCCACUAUCUCCGCGAUCUCCUCCAUGGCUCUGGGUGGUGGUCUCGAGCUUGCUUUGUGCACGCAUCUCCGCGUCUUCGGCUCCUCCAGCACCGUUGGUCUGCCCGAGACCCGGCUCGCGAUUAUCCCGGGCGCGGGCGGCACCUACCGCCUGCCCGCGCUGAUCGGACCAACCCGAGCACGCGACCUCAUUUUGACGGGGCGACGGGUGUCCGGGCCCGAAUCCUACUUCAUCGGGCUCUGCGAUCGGCUGGUGGAGGUGCUGCCGGAGGAGGCUCAACGAGAGGGCGUGGCGCGUGAGAAGGUCCUGCGGGAGAGCAUCAAGCUCGCGCUGGACAUCUGCGAGGGUGGACCGAUCGCCCUGAAGCAGGCGUUGCUGGCUGUGCAGGGGUCUGCCUUGGGUGAGGUGGCGGAGAACCAGGCGUAUCAGGGGGUGAUUGAGACGGAGGACCGAUAUGAGGCUCUGCUUGCCUUUGUGGAGAAGCGGAAGCCGGCUUUCCGGGGGCGGUAA